AUUUCUCCCCAUGAGACAAAUGGGUUUUUACAUUAGUUCUUUAUCCCGAGCUCCCUGCACCAAGACACAGGUGAGACAUUAUCAAGUGGCUCCCAGUUACAAUUACAAAUGGACGGAUAUCCACUAUGAGGCGAGCAGAGGCAAUACCGAGAAACUGCGCAUGCUGCUGAGUACAUCAGAUAAGGAGCUGGUUGACAGGAAGGAUUACUAUGGGAAGACACCGCUGUAUUGGGCAGCAUAUAAAGGCCAAAGGAUUUCAAUGGAACUUUUGCUACAGCAUGGAGCGAAUGUGAACAGCUGUUGUAAACAUGGCGGCACUCCCUUACAUGCAGCUAUUGGGCUGUUUCCUGACUGCGCUCUCUUACUGAUACAGGUUAGUAUCAUAUAA